CGGGUCCUUUCCCUGCUGACCUGCCGACCAUUGGCAACGGCGGCCAGGCCGCCAUAGCAGUCCACCACCACCAUACGUGCUCGCUCGCUCUUUAUUUAAUGCCGUGUGCGCGGUUCGAUUGAGCAGCGGCGGCGGGGCGGCGACGGUGGCCAUCAUAUCUCAGGUGGGUGUGCUGUGUGUGUUCCUCCUUCCUUGCUAGCAAGGUCCAAAAACCAGAAAUGGCGGCCGCCUUCUCCUCCACCGUUGGAGCUCCGGCCUCCACCCCGAGCAGGAGCAGCUUCCUCGGGAAGAAGCUCAGCAAGCAGCAGGUGUCUGCGGCGGCGGCCGUGAACUACUACCAUGGCAAGAGCUCCAGCAGCGCCGCCGCCAACGUUAACAGGUUCAAGGUGAUGGCGGCCAAGGAGGUGGACGAGACGAAGCAGUCGGACCAGGACAGGUGGAAGGGCCUGGCCUACGACGUCUCGGACGACCAGCAGGAUAUCACCAGGGGCAAGGGCAUGAUCGACUCCCUCUUCCAGGCGCCCAUGGGGGACGGCACCCACGUCGCCGUGCUCAGCUCCUACGACUACAUCAGCCAGGGCCAAAAGACUUACAGCUUCGACAACAUGAUGGAUGGUUUCUACAUAUCCAAGAGCUUCAUGGACAAGCUCGUGGUCCACCUCUCCAAGAACUUCAUGAGCCUGCCAAACAUCAAAGUUCCCCUGAUCCUGGGUAUCUGGGGAGGCAAAGGUCAGGGGAAGUCCUUCCAAUGCGAGCUCGUCUUCUCCAAGAUGGGCAUCAUCCCCAUCAUGAUGAGCGCCGGCGAGCUGGAGAGCGGCAACGCCGGAGAGCCCGCCAAGCUCAUCAGGCAGCGGUACCGUGAGGCUGCCGACCUCAUCUCCAAGGGCAAGAUGUCCUGCCUGUUCAUCAACGAUCUGGACGCCGGCGCAGGUCGCAUGGGCGGCACCACCCAGUACACGGUGAACAACCAGAUGGUGAACGCCACCCUGAUGAACAUCGCCGACAACCCCACCAACGUGCAGCUCCCGGGGAUGUACAACAAGGUGGACAACGCCCGGGUGCCCAUCAUCGUCACCGGCAACGACUUCUCCACGCUGUACGCGCCGCUCAUCCGUGAUGGACGUAUGGAGAAGUUCUACUGGGCGCCCACCCGCGAGGACCGCAUCGGCGUCUGCAAGGGCAUCUUCCGCACCGACGGCGUCGACGAGGAGCACGUCGUCCAGCUCGUCGACACCUUCCCGGGCCAGUCCAUCGACUUCUUCGGCGCCCUGCGUGCCCGGGUGUACGACGACGAGGUGCGCCGGUGGGUGGCCGAGACCGGCGUCGAGAACAUCGCCAAGAAGCUCGUCAACUCCAAGGAGGGCCCGCCGACGUUCGAGCAGCCCAAGAUGACGAUCGAGAAGCUCUUGGAGUACGGCCACAUGCUGGUGGCGGAGCAGGAGAACGUCAAGCGUGUGCAGCUUGCUGACAAGUACCUCAACGAGGCUGCUCUUGGUGCAGCCAACGAGGACGCCAUGAAGACUGGCAACUUCUUCAAGUAGAGCAACGACAAUAGCGCACCUCUUGCUAUUGUUUUUUUAUUUUUUAUAUAAGUACGACCGGGGGUGGGGGGUGGGGGAGGGGGGGAUAUGAUGAUCCCCCACCUGUUUGAUUAUAUAUUGGGUGGCUCUCAAACAAGUAGCCAUAUGUUUGAGGUUACAAAUAGUUCAUCGAAAGUUCAUAAAGAUAAAAUUUACACAACUUCUUUGUCCUCGUCGGUUAAGCAAGA